CUGGCGUCCGCCGCGCAGUGACAAGUUAUCCUUCCGGUCAAACUCCAAACCGAGUUUUAGCUCCAAGCGGAGCCAAGCGGUGGUACUGUACAUACUUCAUAGACUAGUUUGACAUAACCUACACAAAAUGGGAGCAGGCAAAGACGUCGCUGCCGGGGACUCGGCCGGUGUUCACAGAGUCCUCUUUGUGUGUUUAGGAAAUAUCUGCCGGUCGCCCAUGGCGGAAGCCGUAUUUGCUCAUAUCACGAAGGAGCGAGGACUGAGCUCGCAGUUCAAAAUCGAUAGCGCAGGGACCGCCGGAUACCACGUCGGCGACUCCCCCGACACCCGGUCGAUGGCAACAUGCAGGAAGAACGGCGUCGACGUAUCGCACGUAGGGAGACAGGUAUCGAAGUCAGAUUUCACAGACUUUGAUUGGGUGCUCUGCAUGGAUGAGUCGAACCUGAGGGAUCUGCAGAGGAUUCAACCGAAGGGAUCGAAAGCGAAGGUGCAACUGUUCGGUGACUUUGACCCGGAGGGCGAUCGCAUUAUUCGCGACCCCUACUACGGCGGACCGGAGGGCUUUGAUAGGAAUUUCGCCCAGGUUACUAGAUGCUCCGAACAAUUUUUGAAGGAGCUUGGAUUAUGAGCUCUCCAACGAUGGGAGGCGGACCGGCUGGGACAGACAUGUACUUGACCCAUGCAUUUUUUCAGCCAGGACCUACAACGGCGAUAUUCUCUCGCUAAUCCAGUCUAGACAUAUUUCAAUUGAAGUUGCACUAGAUAGAGUCGCCAAACAUAAAUAGAAAGUAGUACUAUUUAACA